GAAUUGGAUCAAAGAAUUAGCUUGUCACAGUAUCCAAUCAUUAGUUUGGUGGAGUCUUCAGUGAGCUCUGCUCCAUUUCUCCCACCUCUGUAUGUGCUGUACUCCUUCAUAAACAAAAAUGGAUACAUUUAUUUAAACCCUAACAAAAGCAAAUGGAAGGGCUUCCCUUAGGGUGACUUGACUGUGCUUAACAGGUUUGUCCAUAUUCCUAUUUUUCCAUUUCCUUGCAGGAACGUGUCCGCUUUGCACACCUCAAAUCCUCAUGAUAGCACAAAUAAUUCAUGCAACUUCCUGCUUCCCUGUGAGGGGAGUAUGUGAUCUUCCAUUGAAUAUAUAUUACGACAACUUAACCAGCAAUGGACAUGGACGCUUCCUCUCCUUUUCAACUACCAUCAUGCAUGACAAACUGGCUAAUUUCGAGAGACACCAUCAACCUCGAAUGAUCAACUUCUCCAUCUGUUUAUCACCUUUGAUACAUAUUUGAUCACUUCAUGUUAAAGAAAUAGGCACCCAUUUCCAUUUCUCUCUCUCUCCCCCUCUCUUCCUCUUUCUUUUUUGUAUCUUAUAAUGGGGAAUGCAACAUCUUGUGCUCCGUCAAUCAUCUCAUCAAAUGGAGUAGUGAAAGUCUUGUUCUCUGAUAAUGGCAACUUGCAAAUCUACACGAAGCCAGUUAAAGCAGCAGAGCUCAUGCUAGAGAACCCUGGACAAUUUGUUUGUGAUUCUACAAGUCUAAAAGUUGGUUGUAGAAUACAUGGUCUAUCAGCUGAUGAUGAGCUAGAGAGGCGCCAACUCUACUUUGUUUUGCCCAUGGAGCUUCUCUACUCGGUGCUAACACAUGAGGAACUGAGCUCUUUCACAUAUAAGGCUACCAAGGCAUUGAAGUAUAACAAUUUUGGCAAGAUUUUUCCAGUCCUCAGUGAGUUUUGCAUUUUCCUUUCAGAAGGGAAAACAAUGGGUAGUAUGGUCACGGAGCCACAGCCUAUGGAGAGGUAUUCCAAGCAAAGAUCAUGGAAGCCUGCCUUGGAAACCAUUGUUGAAACUCCUUGUAGGCGGCCUUGAUCAGCGUGUAUGGUUUUUCUUUAUCUUCUUUCAAUUUCCUUCUUCUUCUUUUUUGGGAUUUUUUUUGCUGACAUUUCGA